AUGCCCUGUGUGCUGUGUAAUGGCUCAGAUGUGUCCCCGGUGGUGGCUGGCCUCGUCGGGGCAUCUGUGCUGAUAGUGUGUGUCUCGGUGACCGUCUUUGUGUGGACAUGCUGCCGCCAGCGUGCCGAGAAGCAGCACAAGACCCCACCGUACAAGUUUAUCCACAUGCUCAAAGGCAUUAGCAUAUAUCCAGAGACCCUCAGCAGCAAGAAGAAAAUCGUCAAAGUGCGGAGAGACAGAGGUGGCCCUGGGAGGGAAGGAGGGCGUGCGAAUGUGCUGGUGGAUGCGGCAGAGGCUGGCCUGCUGGGCCCCGACAAAGGGCCCAAGGGACCCAGCUCUGGCUCCUGUAUAGACCAGUCACCCAUCAAGGUGGACUAUGGGGAAGGACUGAGGAGCCCCGUCGCGAGCCUGACCCCCGGGGAGAGCAAAAGCACGUCUCCAUCAUCUCCAGAGGAGGAUGUCAUGCUAGGAACCCUCACGUUCUCCGUGGACUAUAACUUCCCGAAAAAAGCCCUAGUGGUGACGAUCCAGGAGGCCCACGGGCUGCCGGUGAUGGAUGAGCAGACCCAGGGUUCUGACCCCUACAUCAAAAUGACCAUCCUUCCCGACAAGCGGCAUCGGGUGAAGACCAGAGUGCUGCGGAAGACGCUGGACCCCGUGUUUGACGAGACCUUCACCUUCUACGGCGUCCCAUACAGCCAGCUGCAGGACCUGGUGCUGCACUUCCUUGUGCUCAGCUUCGACCGCUUCUCCCGGGACGACGUCAUUGGGGAGGUCAUGGUGCCGCUGGCCGGCGUGGACCCCAGCACGGGCAAGGCACAGCUGACCAGGGACAUCACCAAAAGGAACAUCCAGAAGUGCAUUAGCAGAGGGGAGCUCCAGGUGUCUCUGUCCUACCAGCCCGUGGCACAGAGGCUGACCGUGGUGGUCCUCAAAGCCCGACACCUGCCGAAAAUGGACAUCACCGGUCUCUCAGAUCCUUAUGUCAAGGUGAACGUCUACUACGGCAGAAAGCGCAUUGCCAAGAAGAAAACCCACGUGAAGAAGUGCACUUUGAACCCAGUCUUCAACGAGUCUUUCGUCUACGACAUCCCCCCUGACCUCCUGCCCGACGUCAGCAUUGAGUUCCUGGUCAUCGACUUCGACCGCACCACCAAGAACGAGGCGGUGGGGAGGCUGAUCCUGGGGGCACACAGCGUCACCAGCGGCGGUGCCGAGCACUGGAGGGAGGUCUGCGAGAGCCCCCGCAAGUCCGUGGCCAAGUGGCACAGUCUGAGCGAGUACUAGUCCCCCGGUGGGGACAGAGAUGCCAGACAGGAGCAGACUUGGAACCUCCUUUUAGUUGUAGAAGAUUUCUUACAAAACACACCCCACAAAGAACACCCCACAUGACCACAGCUGCAGAUCAGUUCUUAGCGAUGACGAUUUUUCUCCUUUGCAAGGCACUAGAAAUCCUUUUUUUUUAAUGGGGAAAAAGAGAGGGAAGGGCCUCACAAGUCUAUAUAUAACAAUGUAACCUUAUACUUGCAUGUCUAAUACAAACUGAAAUUAGCCUAACUGCCAAUAUCAAGUUACAGAUUUUGAUCCAUGAAAAUCGUGUUUUGUGCCGAAUUGUAUUUGCUGAUUACCUGAAAUUGGCCUCUUUUUACUGGGCUUCUCUGGAGAGAGACUCCCGCCCCCCAGCUCAGCAGAAGGAUGUUGUUUUGCUCAUGUAAAACCUCACAGUGUCGUCAUCCCCGUCUUGUCUCCUUCCCACCUCGGACAGCUCUGCUCUUUAACUGAGCUCAGGGUCCAGAGGUCUGUCAUGAGCCAAGAAACGAAGUUGGGGUGGAUGAGGCCGAUGAGGCCGGGUGUGCAGGGGAAAGAGGAUUUGGUUCUUGCUGCCACACUGCUGCGGGGAGGGCUCAGGGGCUGUCCGGGGUUAACUUGCGAUGAAGUACAUGAACACGGCAGACUUCGAGGUAGAGUUCGGGUCUAGGAAACUAGAGGUCUUCUCUGGAGAGAGCUUCGAAGCCUUCCAGUCCGGCCAGGGUGGCUCCAGGGAGCUGGGGCGUUCGUUGUUCGUGGGUGUGGGCAGAAUGGUGCGUCCGCCACCCCCUAGCAGCCCCAUGGCCAAAUGACAGCCAUCUGUUGGUGUGAAGGAUGAAACUGGCCUGUUUUUCCAGAAAUGCUGACCCAUGAGAAGCUUUAGAGUUUUCUCAGGUAGCUUAGAUGAGAUUGGUUUUGCUUCCUAAGGAAAAGGGCCUUCAGAAAUUAUUCUUUAUCCUUAAAUUUUUCAACUGUGGCUCUUAAAACUAAGGAAAUGAGUGAAAUGAGUAAAUGGGAGUUAAUGGGUAGUCAAGAUAACCUGGGUUCUUUUCUACCAUCCUGUCCCUCAUAAGAGUGCUUAGUUCUUGGGUUUCACUGAGCAUCCAGACAAGGUGAAGGGCUGGGGGAGGCAUGGGGUCCCGACCCACCGCCCCGCCGGUGGGCAGCCUGGCGGCGAGGGGGCUGCUGUCUCGCUGAGAUUGGGGCUCCGGGCUCCCGGUCAGCCGCAGCUCUGGCGUCGAGACCUGUCGGAGGGCAGAGCCCAGGCCACAGGCCGUGAACUUGUCCGGCCAGCAGAGCUCAGGUUAGCAGCCGCCGGAGCCGAGGCCUCAAAGAGCAGGUCCACCCCCUCCGACCUGCUCCCGAGGCGGCUGGGUGUCCGUGGACAGAGCGGCAACAGUGCGUGUGAUAUUCUUUUAGCUCUUAUGGAUUUAAGACCAGUCUGCUCCCUGAAUCUUUUCGUUGUCCUUUUUAAAGCCUGGAUUCUGAGCAGUUCUGAGCAGGCACAAAGCCCACUCUGUUCUUGUCCCUGCCCCCCCCCGCCCCCACCCCCUUCAUCUGACUCACUAUCCCAUCAGUGUGUCCACACCACCCGUCUCUAGCCCAAACUCCAUAGAAUGUAAAUACUGUAUCAUACGUAGAAGAAAAUAAUUUUUGUUUUCUAAAAAUGCAUUUUGAGAUAGUUUAAUGUAAAUCUGACAGGAGCAUUCUGAAGCCCCAUUAGGAAAAAAAUCUUAAAUGCUUCCUCUUCAUCGCCUUAAUGUCUGAAGAUCAGAAAUUGCUGAGCAACCCGCUUUUGUUUCCUUCCCAGAAACAAUGCAGAGCAACAGCCGUGGAGAGUCUGGUCUCUGCCCUGCUGAGUGUGACCUCAGCCCCUCCCGCCACAGGUCUGGGAAGGCCGCCUCGCCCCGCUCCUCUCCUCCCCAUCCCUGGUAGCUUUCUCGCUCCCACUCUUCGGGUCUGUGGAGCAGCGGGUGGUGAGGUGACAGGGCGGGAACCAGCAGACAGCACAGGGCUCCUCCCUCCUACCUCACGCCUGAUCCAUCAUGCCCUUGGCUUUGCUGUCCCCAAGUCUCUUAGCUGCCUUUGGCUUUCACACGUGCCCUCCCAGAGCUAGCCGAUCCCGCCGAGGAGCAGCGCCUCCUCCCGAGUCAGUUGAAAGACGAGAGUCGCACCCAAGCUUUUGCACAAGGCAUCACGGUCAGGAAUGGGUUAGGGAGCGACCACUUCGGAUUUUCCAAGAGUCAGGCCUUCUCUGCUGGUAUCUUGAUUCCUUUGGGAAGACAAGAGUUUUCCUUAAUAACAAAAGUCCCUUUAGGAGUUAUCCCUCCUUUCAGUUCUUCUCAGUGGAGGACAGCCAAGAUGUACGUGUCCAGGAACAUGCUCUCGCUAGGAAAGCAGAGAGGACUGGCUUGUGGGACAGGAGCGGCUUGCUCAGGAGAGGGAACGAUGCAGGUCUUUUCUUGGAAGGCUUUUACUGUGGCCGCGAUUGUGACGUUGCCCAUUGCCCUCACCAGGAUCCUUCUCCGAUGUGGUCGUCUUUCUUUACCUUGUGUCUUCUCUUGUAAAAAAAGAAACUCAAAAUAAAUGUGUCAAAUUAAAAAAAAAGAAAAAGAAAAAAAAAGAAAAACCCGGAAAAGCAAACAUGAAUUGUGUGAAACUUCAUAACGCUGUAAUGCUAAGCUACAAUAUGUAAUGCUAUAUUGUAUGUGGAGUUUGUUAAUGCACCACACAAGUGCAAAAUAAAGACUGACUCACAUUACACACA